AGUGAGAAUGGAAAAGAUGACAUUCCUCUCUUCAAACGUCUUGGAGAAGGAAAGUUGAUAAGUAAACUCUUCAUAUAUGAAAUCUGUACCGAAAAAUACUUCAUUUCAACAUUAACAGGGUACUGUUUGAAUGAUGCGUGAACUUUGCGUAUGGAUCUUCGUUGGAUAUUUCUUUCAGACGGUGACAGCGGAAAUGAGUGCAGAGAAUGUUGUUUCUAAAAAAAGCAUUUCAUCCCAAUGGUAUGAAGACUUUAUCAUAAAUGGAAUAACAGAUAAAUUUUAUCAAACAUGGAUUUUAUCAAUAUUGGCUUCAUGUGUCAUUGGUUUGAGUGGCGUAGUGCCUCUUGUGUUUGUUCCUUUUGAUAGCGGUGCCAAACUCAAUCAAAAAGGAGGAGCGAAAUUUCUAAAAUUACUCCUUAGUUUUGCUGUUGGAGGUUUAUUAGGUGACGUAUUCCUGCAUUUGCUGCCGGAAGCUUGGAAUCACAUUGGGAAUCUGGGUCCUAAACUUCAUUCUGAUCACUUAACUCUUGGAUUAUGGGUUCUUUUAGGCAUGUUUUCAUUUGUGAUCAUAGAAAUCAUGUUCACUGCAUCUCAAAGUAACAGAACCGAAAACGUAACCUCAAAGCCAAAUUUACACUCAGAGACACAAAAUGGAGUUAUUCCUACGAACAGUUUAUGCAAUGGAAAGAGUUCUUACGAUAAAAACUGCACCAGCCAUCAUCAAAAUCAAAUACAUAAUGGAUUUCCUAAAGUUAUUUCGAAUGGUCAAGCACUUCAAGAAAAUAAAGUUGUUCCUGAACCGAUACAUAUUACUGGUUACUUGAAUCUUAUAGCGAACAGCAUAGACAAUUUCACCCAUGGUUUGGCAGUUGCUGGCAGCUUUUUAGUUGGCAAAAAGAUGGGGAUAAUUACAACAUUUGCUAUUCUGAUUCAUGAAAUACCUCAUGAAAUUGGUGAUUUUGCUAUUUUACUAAAAUCUGGAUUUAAUCCUUGGAAUGCGGCCAAAGCUCAGAUUUCAACAGCAGUUAUUGGAAUCCUGGGAGCUGUUGUUGCAUUAUCAGCAGAAUCAACAGAUAAAGUUGGUGAUUGUACAUCUUGGAUACUGCCAUUUACAUCUGGAGGAUUCCUAAACAUAGCUUUAGUAAAUGUCUUACCAGACCUUAUCAAAGAGAAAGAUCCAUGGGAGUCAAUAAAACAAAUGCUAUGUGUUUGUGGAGGAAUAGGAGUUAUGGCACUCGUAAAUGUGAUUGCUCACUAGCUUUCCAAAAGGCAAUAAAAUCUGCUUUUAUAAAAAAAAACAUUCUUAAGACCUCUUAAUGAGUGUCCUUCAAGCUGUAUGAUAGAGUCACGCAUAGGAAUUAGUUUCAGAUGAGCAUCGACUCAAUUUUAUAAAACUGACAAAAAUCUUCAAAAGAUGAACUUAUGUGUGAAACUGAAGCUUUUAUAUACAGUGAAAAUAAGUUGCAGCAGAAUCACCAAAACGUACCCAAAAAUGAGUAGUAAUUGAAGUUGAUACAAGUGAAAUGCUCAACACUUUCUUCUAACCAAACGACUAUUUAUUUUCUAGCAGUUAUAAGUGGUGCAGUUAAAAAUGUAUUUAAAGGAAAAAAUA